AUGUCCCGAUACAAAACCCUCUUCAAGCUGGUGACAGUAAAAUUUACAGGUCAAGCGACAUGGCGGGACGAGCUGGUGGUGACGCGGUGGUACUAUGGGAGCGGCUUAGACCGGCCACUGGCUGAGCCGUUUCCAAGUAGACUGACAAACUUGGAGGGCCGCCAGCUGGUUUUCGCGACUCUUCACUAUCCUCCAUACGUCGUACUGGAGGGUGCUCCAGGAAUCCUCGACGGCACAGAGACCCGCAUUCUUAGCGAAUUCAUCAACAAGGUGAAUGCCAGUUGGCAAGUGACGGAAUACGCCGAGGAGAAAUGGGGUGCCAUCUGGGACAACAACGGUUCCGGGAACGGCAUCUUGGGCGCGGUGGUGAACGGCGAGGCGGACGUGGCGUACGCGGCGGUCUACCAGUGGUUCCACGAGUACCUGUUCCUGGACUACACGCGGCCCUACGUGCGCACCGGCAUCACGUGCCUGGCGCCGCGGCCGCUGGUGCAGUCCGGCUGGCAGGUGCCGCUGCUGCCCUUCUCAGCCGGCAUGUGGGCCGCCGUCGCAGCCUCAGUCCUGCUCGCCACCCUCGCCCUCUUCGCUACCAAGAUGGCUACCACCUGGGUUCUAGUAGUCUUCUGUACAGGCAGCGUUGGCGGGGCUGCGGACGGGCGGUACUCGACGGUGGAGGACUGCUUCUUCCGUUCUUUGGGCCUGCUGGUGCUGCAGGCGCCGGACGUGGAGCGGCGCCACACACGUGUCGUGGGCCCCACGCGCCACGUGCUGUCCUGGCUGCUGAUCGCCUACCUGCUCGUCACCGCCAGCUACGGCAGCGGACUCUCCUCCGUGCUCACUGUGCCCAGGUAUGACCCUCCUAUUGACACCGUAUCUGACCUGCACCACAGCGGCCUGGAGUGGGCAGAGACGCAUAUUGCGUGGCUCAAUUCUUUGCGAGAGCGAACCGAAGACAUCUUCAGAGACCUCUGCCGGCGUUUCCGGGUGAUGAAGGAGGGCGAUCUGCACGCCAGGACCACAACGCGGAACCUGGCCUUCCCCAUGGAGCGGCUGCCGUCAGGCUACUUCGCCAUCGGCGAGUACAUCGACGAGGAGGCGGCGAGCAAGUGGCUGCGCCCGAUGCGCGAGGACAUCUACUGGGAGUGGGUGGUGAUCGCCGUGCCCAAGCGCUGGCCGCACCUCGAGCAGCUGGACGCACUCAUCGACCGGCUGAUCGAGUCCGGCCUGCUGCUAGCCUGGGAGGGACAGGUGUCGCGGCAGUGGAUGGCGCCUCGCGUGCAGCUGGCCGUGCAGGCGGGCGCGCGCGCCUCCUCGCCGGCCGGCGACGAGCCGGUGAAGCUGCGGCUGUCGCACGUGCAGGGGGAGUUCGCGCUGCUCACGCUGGGACUCUGCCUCUCCCUGGUCGCCUUCGCGGCCGAACUGGUUGCCAACAAGUACUCCUCCACCGGCGUGGGGCGGGAGCCGUCUGCCGCAGCGGCGAAGGCACUGCACCGGCCGGAACAGCGCCACUGGAGGGAACGCCAUCGAGAUGUUCGUAGUCUUAAGUGUCCUGCCAAGGUAGCAGAGACUGGUUGUGUGACCAAGAUGGCUAAGCGGCUUGUGCUGUCGCAACCGGCCACGCACAAGGAGCAUGUGAGACCUUGA